AUGGUUUUCGACCUUGACCUGAUGUCUCAAUACGACGAAUCGUGGAGGAAACUUAUCUUAGAAAGAUCUAAAAAUGCACGACUAUGCAUCAGCGGCACGAUAAGGGGAGGCCAUUUCAGUUUCGAUGCCUUUUUUGUUAACCUUCUUCACAAUCACUGGCCAAGGAUACGGAGGUUAGAUGUCUUUGUUGGGGACCACUAUCUACUCGAAACAGACGCAUGGGACAUUUUCCAGCAACCCGCUUUGCAACUGGAAAUAUUUAAGCUCUACUUCGAAGAGGAAGGGUCAGCAUUGUUUUCGGAUCCAGAUUCCCCCAUUUUUGCCAACAACGCGCCAGUUUUGCGCGAAUUCAUGUUCCCCGAUACUUCCACGAAGUAUAUGUCUCUCCAGGCUCCGUGGCUAAGGCAGCUGCGCUCACUCGUAAUGAUAUCCGGAUUUGGAGCAUCAGAAUUGCUCGAAACUUUGAGGGAGCUGCCUCAACUCGAGUAUCUGGAACUGCGUGAGAGCAUCUUGGAACCAGUAGACUGCAAUGCGUCGAUUGUUUGUCUUCCCAACAUUCGAAAACUGACCAUUUCGAACACCCUAUCCACUUCCCUCUUCUUCCUCAAACACAUCACGCUCUCCCCUGGCGCAUCGAUAAAUUUACUGACAGAAGAACGUAUGGACACUCACGAUAGGGUUUCGGAUUCAGUCGUCGAUGAAGUAUGUGGCCAAAUAUCCCGAUACACCAAAAACUAUAUAAACAAUGAUUAUGGUUUGGCGAAGUCUAUCUUCGUCAAAAUUGGACCUCCAACGUUCGCCUUCAAAAUGCGCAAAACCGCAAACGAGCUCAUUCCAAUGCCAUCUGAGAACGACUUUCGCAUUGGAAUUUUCAGCAAUCAUCUAUCUCGGGAUGCAGUACCCAAGAUGAUGGCCUGUUUAGAUCCUCGCCAAUUUACGGAAACUAUCAGGCUAGAGUUUAUCCCUUACAUGAUCGAUAUCAUCGAGGACGCCCAACCAACCAUCACAUCUCUCCUACGCGCUCUCUCCUCUGUAAAAGUCAUGAUGACAUCAGAGAACGGUCUUAGGGCUUUCAUGAAUGCCCAAUCUGAAUAUCCCGACAUUCUUCCUGCAAUGGAUACCUUUUGGCUCAAGUACAUCGAACCCACCUCUGAACGAUUCCCCCAACUCCUCUUGGAUUUUUUGCACUCUCGCCGGGAUGCUGGUAAGCCUGUUACGACUAUCAACAUAUCCGACUCUUCUUGGCAAUUUAAAGAAAAGCUCGAUUGGGGGUAUCUGGAAGUAAUAGACGGUCUUACCGUCAUUUUACGCCAUGACUCGCAAGUACUUGAUCACUAUACCUGUGGCACUGGAAAUCCAAAAACUCUUGAUAUGCGGACAGUAUAA